AUGUCAGGUUUUGCCAGUACAAUUUACUUUCCAGGACUACCGUACAUCAACUCUGAAUUGAAAACCCAAGCUAUAGCUACAACAUUGACAGCUGCACUUUAUGUAUUAUUUAUGGGAUUCACUCCUAUUGUAUGGGCGUCCCUUUCAGAGGCUCUUGAAAUUCGCCGAUCACUAUUAAUUACGUCCAUGAUAGUAUUCGGAUUCUCAAGUCUUGGAGCAGCGCUAGUCAAUAACAUAUGGGGUCUGUUAGUUUUGCGGAUCAUACAAGCAAUGGGUGCAUCCGCUGGCUUAUCAAUAGGUGGAGCAGAUUGCUUCCCAGUUGAAGAGCGAGGUGCUGCAUUUGGUAAAUUCUAUUUCAUGUCUUUUAUAGGCCCUUUGAUAGGACCUAUCUUGGGAGGAUUUCUUAUCGUAAGCCCAAUCACUUGGCGGGCUACAUUCCUAUUCACUUUUGCGUUUGGAUUGUUCAUUGCAUUAGCCAUAUUUACUUUAUGUCCUGAAACAUACCGAGACAAUAAAAAAUGGGAUCUUCAACUGCCAGUCAUUUCGCAGAACAUGUUCCCUAGAGCACAAACCGUGGUUGAAGAGACUCACCAGGUCGAUACAUGCUCAUCUUUUAUCAGUAGAACGGGUAGUGCAAAUGGAAGCAGUGACAAGGACAACAACCUAAUCAACACAAGCACUUUGAUUGCAGAUAAGGAGGACGAUAAAACACACCAGUCACCGCCUCUUCAAACCCAAGAGAAUGGGAAAGCGCCAUUGCCCAAAAGAAUGAAUCCUUUUGCAGGCAUGGCCUUAUUGAAGCAUUCAUUUGUUUUACUAGCAGCUCUAACGUCAGGCCUAUCUUUCGGUUGUAUGCUUGCUGUAGAAGUCUUACUUCCCGAUUUAUAUGAGAAGAAUUAUGGUUUCAAUUCCUGGCAGACAGGGUUAAGUUACAUGGGCGGAGGCGUUGGUAACGUGAUUGGCUCAGCUUUGCAGAGCUAUCUGUCGGAUAAGCUAUUGCUACGUGCGCGCCGUCGCAGGGGAGGUGCAGCAGUUGUUGAAGAUCGGCUAUCUGUAAAUCUCUGGCCAGCUUCCAUUGUUAUCAUUUUGGGCACCUUGGUAUGGGGCUGGUCUAUCGAACUUAAAUUAAAUUAUUGGGUACCUAUUGUAGCUUUUGGUAUACAAACAUUUGGAAUGAAUCAGAUAAUGGCAGCAACAUCUGCUUAUAUUGUCGAUGCCGUGCCUGGCUCCGGUGCAUCUGCUACUGCAGCAGCUAAUCUGCUACGCAUGGUCUUAGCUUGCAUUCUCACAAUUGCUGCAGAACCACUUGAAGCAGCCGUUGGCCCAGGUUGGACAUGUGUGUUAAUGGCCGGUUUGGGAUUUUUGGGCUUGAUCUGUCUAAUUAUUAUUAAAAUUUGGGGAAAGAAGCUUAGAGCAAAUAGUGGGUAUCCCGAUAUUGAUUUUAUACAAACCGAAAAAUAA